UAGGAUGAACAUCUUUCAAAACCUCAUGGAGAGACUAAGGCAGGUGGUGGGUCCUAAAGGAUGGGAUUAUUGUGUUCUCUGGAAGCUCAGUGAUGAUCAAAGGUUUCUGGAGUGGGUGGAUUGUUGUUGUGGUGGAGCUGAAAGUAUAGAAAGUAGUGGAGAGCUUCAAUUCCCAGUGACAACAGUCCUCCCAUGCAGGGAUGUGAUGUUUCAGCAUCCAAAAACCAGAUCCUGUGAACUGCUUGCCCAACUUCCUUCUUGCAUGCCCCUUGAUUCUGGAAGUCAUGCACAAGCCUUGAUAUCAAACCAACCCAAAUGGUUCAACUUCUCUAAUAACUCUGAUUCCAAUGUCUUAGAGGAAAUAGUUGGAACUAGGAUUUUGAUUCCAGUUGCAGAAGGAUUAAUUGAACUUUUUGUUGCCAAACAAGUUUGUGAAGAUCAAAAUGUGAUGGAUUAUAUUGUGACACUGUGCAACAUCUCAUUAGAGCAAAGCUCAAUGAUGAAUUCAAGUUGCAUGGAUACACAUUUCACUGCUCUAAACGCGCAAGCAUUGAAUGAAUAUCAAGCAAAGACUCAUUUAAGCAAUGAGAAUGACCGAAAGGAUCCCAUCAUCAAUCAUUUCCAGCCACCAUUGACGACAACACUCGAAACUCUAAACCUACCUUACGACAUCUCCAUUGAUCAAAUUCGAUCAACCAACACCCUGCAGCAGUACCAUUAUCUUUCAGAAGAUAAAAACAACAAGAAUAUGGAUGUAUGUGUUGAAGGGUCUCAUGAAGUGUUCCUUUCGGACAAAGUUGUUAACCCACUUAAGUCUUCCGUGGAUAAUGGACUUCAAGAGAUGGAUCCAUUGAAUUCCAUGAUGACCAAUGAAUCAAUGGUUAUCCAAGGGAAUGAGAAGGACUCUAUAAAACAAGAGAAUGGACGGUCUGAUUCGAUUUCGGAUUGUAGUGAUCAGAAUGAUGAUGAAGAUGAUGCAAGGUACCAACGGAGGUCAGGGUCCAAAGGGCAGUCUAAAAACCUUGUUGCAGAGAGGAAAAGACGGAAGAAGCUUAAUGAAAGACUUUAUUCCCUUCGAUCUCUGGUUCCCAAAAUCUCUAAGUUGGAUAGAGCUUCAAUCCUUGGAGAUGCGAUUGAGUUUGUGAAGGAACUGGAAAACCAAAAGAAAGAACUCCAAGAUGAGCUUGAAGAACAUUCAGAUAACGAUAAUGGUGCUAAGAAAACAGGAAUGAAUGGAGUCCACAAAAAGUUCCAAUCUGAGAUUUUCUUACAAAAUGAUCAAAUCCCUUUGUAUUUUAACCCUGAACAUGACAAGGGACCAAAUGGCUUUCCUGUUGGAGUUAAUGGCAGUGUCUCAAGGGCACAAAAUCAAGAAGUGGACACUUGUGCAGACAAGACACAGCAGAUGGAGGUACAAGUUGAAGUUGCUCAAAUCGAUGGAAACCAGUUUUUUGUUAAAGUGUUUAGUGAGCACAAACCAAGUGGCUUUGUUAGAUUAAUGGAGGCUUUGGAUUCAUUGGGGUUGGAAGUAACAAAUGCAAAUGUUAACAGCUUCAGAGGCCUUGUUUCAAAUGUGUUUAAAGUAGAGAAGAAAGACAGUGAGAUGGUUCAAGCGGAUCAUGUGAGGGAGUCGUUGCUGGAGCUAACCCGAAACCCUUCCAAGGGGUUGUCUGAGAUGGUAAAAGCUUCAGAGACCAACAAUGGUAAUGGGGUUGAAUGUAAUUAUCACAACCAGCAGCAACAUCUCCACAAUCAGCGUAUCACUUCCCAUCACCACGAACUCCAUCACUUCCCACCAAAGCAAGCGGCAUGACCUUUUAUCUUUUUUCUUUCUUCAAGUUGUGCAUGAGACAGGGACUUUAGACCCUUUAGCUUAUAUUCGUAGAAUAAUAUGCUUGCUUUAAGCAUUUUGGCAGACAGAUAAGACCAUUAAGGGUCGAUCUGUGGGAUUAGUUUAUAUGUAAAAGGUUUGCUGAAAACUGAAAAGCAUUGGAGCCAAUCAAAAGACUGGCACCAAAUCAUUGAUCUAAGACUUUUUUCUUUUUUUUCUUUUUAGUGUUUCUGGCAGUAGCCAUGGCUGAUCUUAAUUUCCACACCCAUCUUAAAUUAAGGUGAACUUUACAAAUUAAGACUCACUAAUCGAUUGGGUACUUUCUUUUUUACGACCCACCAUCGA